CUGGGAAAGAAAACGCUCAUCUUUCUCAACACAAGUGAAAUUUCUCCAGUGCUUGCUUGAAUUCUGCAAAUUUGGCGGUCUCCAGCGAGAGAGAGCUAUUCAGUCUUCAAAUUCUCUCCGUUGAGAAAAAAGAGCUGCUAUUUUAUUCGUGUCGAUGAUGGAGCCUCCGAAUUCAAACAGUGUCUGUGAUCGCUUUGUGACUGGGAAUUUAGACCUUGAUAACUGGAUUUGGAUUAUUGAGUACUUUGCCAAAUUCAAAACUGAGCUUUGGAUGUUAAAUGAUGUCUUUGAAUUGGCUCCUAAGCUUCCAGAUUAUUUGGGUGAAUAUACAAAUGAGAUGGUAGCUUUCAGAUGCCUAGCUUCUUUGUUUGAUUCUCAUGUUGUUUCUGUUACUACUACUACUACUACUACCUCAAUGAUCGAGUUUGAUUCCUCUGAGAGCUGUGAAUAUGUACUCCAAUGUAUCUUAGAUGAGAUACCGUUAUCGGAACUGAAACCGGGUGCACCGGGUUUAACGAAGUGGAAUCUUCAACCUUUUAUCAAACACAAGCUUCUUUCUCUACCAAAAUGUGCUUUGGAACUGAUGAUUGAACCAUCAUCAUGUGAGAAUGAUACUCAAGUGUCUCCUUGUAGUGAGGAAGAGACUCUGAGAAGUGAUGGCAAAGAGAAUGACCGAGUUACUCCUCCAAUGGAUGAGCCAGAUCUUACGGGAAGAACAGAAGAGGGAGAGUCAUUUUCUCGUGGGGCUGAUGAGUUGCUCGAUAGAAGAAAUGCCGGAUUUCGAUAUGAAAGCGAAAAUGAUGGUAGUCAUUUGUCAAGUCCUGUAGAGAAAAUAUACAGAUGUGUUAACUGCAAAGAAAGUGGGAAGCUGUUGUUUUGCUCUAGUGAUGGCUGUGAAGUCAUGGUUCAUCAGAAGUGUUUGGAUUCACCACCUUCUUACCAUGAUGCUGGAGACUUUUACUGCUCUCUCUGCGCUUUAACCUGUCCUUCAGCUGAAUAUGUUCAAUUUCAAGAUGAAGUGGCUAAAGCAAAGAGGAAAUUAGUUUCGUUUCUUAGACUAAUGUCAGAGGUUAACAAGAAGAAAUCUAUUGAAGGAACCUGA